AUGGGGCUGUUCGCAUUCUUAUUAUCCUUCCUCACCCUGUCUAUUCUCACAACUCCUGCGUUGGCGCAUAUCUCGAUCGCGCCCUCGAACGACACCAGCGAUCUGGCCUGGACCAGCUCCGCGAACUUCCGCCUCCACAGCUCUAAGCCACUCAGUGACCAGAGCCUCGCCCCAUUGACGCAUUACCUCGUCAAUUUAUCUUCCACCCAGGCCCAGGCACUGAAUCUCCAAGGCCGACUGGUCCGAGUCACCGCCACUAACUCACUGAGUAUCAACAACACUGACAUCGCGGCCAUCCCCUGCGACAAUUCUCCCGCCGACUAUCCGGGAGAGUUGGGUGUUGAUCAAACCGUCCAGAGUGUGAUCACGGCGGCUCACCCACCAGCGGCGGUCAUUCUCUACAGCACCUCGGCCUCGCAUUGCAACUUGACCACCGACGAUCAAGCCGAGGCCUAUCGCUUCAUCUUUACUCUUCGGGACUUUCACGCCGUCGGCUAUCUAGAUCAACUCCUUCACACCUUCUCCGACCAGAAGGUGCAGAUCCAAGCCAACAUGUCCUCCUUCACAACGAGUACCACGUCCAACGUCGAUAGCAGUGGCGGCAGCAGCGGCGGCGGCGGCAGCAGUAGCGGAGGCGGGUCCACCAAUAGCCCCAACACAGCGAUGAUCAUCCUCUACAGCAUCACGGGCAUCAUCACCGCCUUGUUCCUGGGUAUCAUUAUCACGGGCGCUGUUCGAGCUCACCGUCACCCCGAGCGGUACGGGCCUCGCAGAGUUGCGGGUCGUCCCCGGCAAAGUCGCGCCAGGGGCAUCGCGCAAGCGAUGCUGGACACGAUCCCUGUCGUCAAGUUUGGCGACUCGAAUGAGGUUGAUGCUGCGAAGCGUGAUGUGGAGAUGGCGAAUGCGGAGGAUCAUCCUACCCACUCGCCUUCCCGCUCGCCUUCCCGCUCGGAGAACGUGUCCGAAAUCCAACCCACGUCCCCCCCUGGCACCAACCUCUCGUCAACUCACUCUGAGGGGAUUGAACAUUCCCCCCGGGAUACCGCGACCGAGUCUAGCCCUGCGGCGACACCGGACAGCGGCAACUUCUCCUGUCCCAUCUGUACGGAUGACUUUGUCAUCGGACAGGACUUGCGAGUUCUGCCAUGCAAUCACCAAUUCCACCCUGAAUGUAUCGAUCCUUGGCUCGUGAAUGUCUCGGGCACAUGCCCUCUUUGCCGCAUUGACCUAAAUCCGCCCAAGCCGGAGGAGAAUGCCGAACCUGGGGCGGAGAAUGCCGAUGGGCAAACUACGGAGCCGCCAGCCGACGGCAGCAAUGGCCCCGCUGCCGCGGCAGGCGCGCAACAGAACCGACAUUCACGUCGUCUCUCAAACUAUUUGCACGGUCCUCUCAACGCUCGAAGAAUGCGCAAUGCUACCGUGGAAGAACGUCUGGAUGCCCUGCGUCGCGUUCGAGAAGCCAACCAAGGUGGAGCCACCGCCGAUCUUGACUCCUCUCAACGCAAUCGAAAUCGACUGUCAACUCGUUUGCGCGAACGAUUCCGCAUACGCACCCAUUCACAUGGGGUUGACAACCCCGUCCAGGAGGGGGGUGAGCUCGAACCACCCACCGAACCUCCCGCUGCGCACACUACCCAUUAA